AUGUCGAAUAAUUCAAGCCCGCAAAAAGGUGAUAGUUGUGAAAUUAGCGAGCCUUUGAACAGUUCUGAUUCAACAAGAACCGAUGGAGAGAGUGCAUAUUUUGAUCCUGCACUUGACUCGAGUCUUUUAGAAGGAUAUGUAGGCGUUGAAGCUAAGGAACCAAAUUUGGCCGCCAAACCCGAGAAACCGGUAUUAAGGAAGCCUGGCCAACCACCUAGACUGCGAGUUCGAAAGAGGGUUAACGAAGGCAAAGGAGAUAAAGGAGACAUGGGGACGUUUGGGUAUGUUAUAAAGACAGAUCUACCCACUCAUCUAACCGACGAUAGUGACAGCGAUAGUCCGAUUGUGUACAGAGAUGACGAGCCAGUACAUUCCAGACAUGUGAUCGCAACGUCAUUACAUGAAGAUGAAGAGGAUGAGGAGGAUGUUCCUAUAAGGUCAAAUUUCACCGAAGCGAGAGAUCUGUUGACAUUGGCGAAAGUGGAUCCUUUUCGACACAAAGUGACUAUCACUAACUUUUACAUCGAAGGGUAA